AAAAUUUGAACCAAACAGAAAAAGCAACAGCCAAACUAAAGAGUUUUGGGAAGAAUUAAGCUGUUUAAUUUAUUUCCUUCAACCUCUUACCAAAACCACCAUAUUCAUGAAAUCUGUGUGUCAAUUUUGUAUAUAAAGAGAUGUUACACAACUCAGCUUCAGUUUCCUCUGCAAUUUUCGAGUUUUUAAUUGACGAAAAUGGAUAAUAAAAAAGCAUUCAAUCAAAAACUCCUUGAUCGUGUCCAGGAGACAAUGGAAGUAGAGGAUAUGGAAUGCGAGAAAAUGGAUGCCGACGUAUUCAGCCAACAACUACUUGGUGAUAUCUAUCAGUCUCUCGAAAACGAGGUUUCCAAUUGCCAGAAAAUGGAUAAAGGCGCACUCGUUCAACAAGUACUUGACCGCAUCCAGUCCCUCGAGGAUGAGGGUUUGGUUGAUAGCUAUUUCCAAAUUUGCUACUCGUUGAAGGAGGACAACGGUCCUUAUUUCUUUCUGGAGCUAAUUCCAAGCUUUUUAUCCGAUGCUCGCACUGUUAUGCGUGACAUGGCUGAGGCCCUUGAGUCACCAGUUGUGGACUUUGAUGUUUUGAUUGAGCAUUGUAUCAAGCUGAAAGGAAGUUCUGCAUGCCUUGGAGCCUGUAAGAUUACGAAUGUAUGUUCUGAUUUUUCCAAGGCCGUUAACAAGAAAUCCAAGGAUGAGUGUUUGCGGUUAUUAAGAAACAUCAAUCGAGAGUAUCGUGAUCUUCAGAGCAAGUUGGAAAGCAUUAUGCAGCUUGAGAAGGAAAUUGUUUCUGCUGAGAGGUCAGAGUCAUGAUCGGUCACUGGUGAUUCUCUCAUCCUAACGGAGUAGAGGCUUCCAGAUCUAAAGAUGGGAAAUCAAGGAAAGGCCGAAUCAUGGACAUCGUUUCAGGAAUCGAUCUUAUCGUUGGAGGGCCUGGUUAGGUUUCCAAAUCUGAAGAACAAAGAAUGUGGUUACAAUUCUACUGCUAGAAAAACUAUGAAAAAUAACAUUGUUUAAACUUUUUAAAUUACCAUAUAGGUGCAACUGUUUUGUACUAUAAGACAAUUAUAGUACCUUCAUUUAUUUUAUCUUGUUUUAUUUUA